GGCGGGUGGUGCCGUCUCGGGUGGGGAAGCCUGAGGGCGCUGCGGGAGCGGCGGCGGGGCGCGGCGCCGGCUGUCUGUGACGUCGGAAGCUGUGCUAGCCCGGGUCGCGACUCGUCGGGACCGCCAGGCGUACCUGGUCAAAGUCGUCAGCACCGCCCGGCACGAUGCCGGUCAAAAAGAGAGAGACCCACCGCGCCCUCGGGCUUCUGGAGGACUACCGCAGCCAGCUGGUCGACGGCCAGCAGCUACAACUGGCUAAGGGCCAGCAGCUGCAGCUGGCAAAGGGCCAGCAGCUGCAGCUCACCGCCGCCAUUGAGCAUCUGAUCCGCAUCUUCCAGUCGCGCCUGUUCCAAGCUCUGAUAGACAUCCAGGAGUUCUACGAGCUGACGCUGUUGGACGACUGCCAAAAUACGCUGCAACAAAACAACGCUGAAACGAUCCUGGCGGCCACCAAAUGGGACGCAGACCUGGCUUCCGUUGGGUCCAUCGCCGACCAGAAGACGGAUCCGGAGGUGACGGCCGACCCGCCCACGGAGACGGUGACGGUGCCGCCCAUCUCGUGCAACAGCCUGGACGAGUUCUCCGCCAUGCCGGCCGAUGAGGGUGUCCGCGGCGCCGCCGGCUGCGACCGGGCCGAACAGGCCGGCCGGGCGGACGGCUCCAGUACCAGUCAGCUGAACGGCGACGAUGACUGGGUGUAUGAGGAGGUGGCACUCUGGCGGGGCAGCCAAGGCCUGGGCUUCAGCAUCGCCGGGGGCCGCGACAACCCGCAUGUCGGGGACGACCCCUCCAUCUACAUCACCAAGCUGAUCCCUGGCGGCACAGCGGCCACCGGCGGUCAGCUGAGAGUCGGCGACAUCAUCGCCCGCGUGAACGGCGUCAGCGUGGCCAACGUCACCCACGAGCAGGCCGUCGACGCCCUGAGGAAGGCCGGCACCAACGUCCAGCUGUCGGUGAGGCGGCGCCGGCAGCCGCGGUCCGAGUACCUGGUGCAGCUGGAGCUACACAAGGGUAGCCGCGGCCUCGGCUUCAGCAUCGCCGGCGGCACCGGCAACCAGCACAUACCGGCCGACAACGGCAUAUACGUGACGAAGAUAAUGGAGGAUGGCGCGGCCUACCAGGACGGCACCAUGGCUGUGGGGGACCGACUGGUGGCCGUGGACGCCGGGGUACGUCGUGCCUGCCCGCCACCCCUCACGCGGGCGAGCGGUGCACGUCUCCGCCGCAUCCCUCGCAGAGGUCGGCCGCGCGGACGAGGCCCAUGGCCCGUCGCUACAUUGACCUGUCCUGUCCCGCGUCGCUCGUUGCCGAGCAGUGCUGACCUCAGCUUGCUUGGUGUGGCGGGACGCCACCACAGGCCGACGCCGCUCGACACGUCGUCGGCUUACAACGAGCCGUACAACAUCGCCACGCCGAGUGUCGUCAGUGUGGAGAACGUCGCCAGCGCUGCCGGCUUCGAUUCAAACGGCGGCCGACAGUCGGCUCUGGAGACGCGCGGUGCUCGUGUGGCGCCCGGUCCGCCGCCUCGAGCCAGCAUGACGCGCAAGUCCGCCAUCCGCCGGUUCACGGCGCUCUACAAGCGGGGCAAGGAUCGCCAGGGGGAGCAGCGGCAGGUGGUGCUCAGCAGAGCGUCCGGCCAGGGGCUGGGCUUCAAUAUCGUGGGCGGCGAGGAGUCGGAGGGCAUCUUCGUGUCGUUUAUCCUGGCCGGCGGCCAGGCGGACCGGAGCGGCGAGCUGCACCGCGGCGACCGCAUCCUCUCCGUCAAUGGCUGCGAUGUCUCCAAGGCCACGCACGAGCAGGCGGCUGCCGCCCUCAAGGGCGCCGGCCACACCGUGUCCCUGGUGGUCCAGUACCGGCCCGAGGAGUACAACCGGUUCGAAGCCAGGGUCCACGAUCUGAAGCAGCAGAUGUCGUCCUCCACGCUGCGCACCACACAGAAGCGAUCGCUCUACGUCAGGGCGCUGUUCGACUACGACCCGCGGCUGGACGACGGCCUGCCCUCGCGCGGCCUGCCGUUCGCCUUCGGGGACAUCCUGCACGUGACCAACGCCAGCGACGACCAGUGGUGGCAGGCCAAGCGGCUGACACCGCAGGGCCAGCAGCUGGCCAUCGGCAUCAUUCCGUCGCGGGGCCGCUGGGAGCGCAAGAUGCGCGCGCGCGGCAAGUCGGUGGUGUUCCACGCCAAGACGGCGGCCGACAUGUCCACCCUAGACCGGAAGAAGAAAAACUUCUCCUUUUCUCGCAAGUUUCCGUUCAUGAAAUCGAGGGAGGAUAUGAGGUCCGAAGAUGGAUCAGAGGACAAUGACCACUCGGUGACGAACGCGUCGGAAGGUGACGAGCGCAGCCUACCUGAGGAGCCGGUGCCCUCGUACGAGCCCGUCCAGCACGUGGAGGUCAGCUACUGCCGGCCGGUCAUCAUCCUGGGCCCGCUCAAGGACCGCAUCAACGACGACCUCAUCUCGCAGUACCCGGACGACUUCGGCAGCUGCGUGCCGCACACGACGCGGCCGUGCCGAGAGGACGAGGUGGACAAGCGCGACUACCACUUCGUGGCGUCGCGCGAGCAAAUGGAGCAGGACAUCCAGAACCACCUGUUCAUCGAGGCCGGCCAGUACAACGAUAACCUGUACGGCACCAGCGUAACCAGCGUCCGAGAGGUGGCCGAGGAGCAAAAGAAGCACUGCAUCCUGGACGUGAGCGGAAACGCCAUCAAGCGGCUGCACGUGGCCCAGCUGUACCCGAUCGCCAUCUUCAUCCGGCCACGCUCGCCGGAGCUCAUCCUAGAAUGGAACAAACGGCUGACGGAAGAGCAGGCGAAAAAGAUGUACGACAAAUGUCAAAAGCUGGAAGUGGAGUUCAGCGAAUACUUUACCAACAUUGUUUCCGGCGACACGCCGGAGGAGAUUUACGAAAUAGUGAAAGAGACCAUCCGUGAGCAGGGUACGAACCGCAUCUGGAUCCCGUCGAAAGAGAAGCUGUGAGAAACUGGCGACGAGCUGAGGCGCGUCUCGCGCGCUGGGGGGCGUCAUGUUGAGCUUUCUGUCGGUGCGGAGAGGCGCGCUCGGCGUCUCUGGAGCCCUCUGGCGGCCGGGAGGAAUCUCAGCGCGCCCACGCCGGGCCUGCUCACCCGCUGAGCGAAGCCCGGUCGCUGGCACCCCCGCCGCUGGCAGCUCCAGCGCCGGAGGAGUGCAGUGGAGUGCGAAGCUGGCCGCAGGUGGCGCCACCGCCGCGGGCGGCCGGAGCUGGCGGCCGGGGUUGUGACGGCGGAGGCUCGCGCCGACCUUUUGUAGGCCGUUCGUUAGAUGUUGUUAGGCUCGGCGUCGCUGGCCGCUUGUACGCGGCUGCCGCCCAAUAGCCCUUGCGAGGCCUCCCCGGUGCCGGUGCGCACGCGUAUCGGGCCAAGCUGCGCGCGCGGGAACUGGCCGCAACUCGAGAGCCGCGCCGUCACUCUCCGACGAGAGAUCUCCCGCGCCAGCUACGCACCUAUAUAUGUGUAGUUUUUUAACACGUUGUCUCUGUACCACCUUUGCGUCCUGUUCGUUCUGUCCGCUCGACCCCUUUCUUGUUGAUAUGACUGCGCUGCCGUUCGAGGCGAACACCUCGCAGCUCCUGUCGUUCCGUAAGGGAGCGCGACGCUGCGCUGAACACCUCCUUCACUCGGUCUGAAUGAGGUGGCCGCACCGGGGCCCGUUCCAUAACAUGUGAUAAUUAUCAUUCUCCCCGAUCGUAGUGUUGGAUUUAUUGUGCCCCCCGUUGAAGGUGCGUUCCCGCUCGCGCGGUACUGUGUGCUUCAAAUUGUUGGUUGCUCCUCAUUCAUUUUAGUAACUUAUAUUCCCAGACGGUUGUGCGCCAUGCAUGUCCCCUGUAACUUCGAAAGAUGCCUGGUUAGUGCGUUGUGCAAUCUGCAGAUGAAGCCCUUAGGCAAUUGUAAAUGGAAGAUGUGUCACAUGUUGUAACAAUAGGUGAUGUGAAUAGAAUAUGAUCAAUUGAUCAGA